UUACAUUCAUCAACUUGCUUACUCCAACAAAACAGAAGUGAUCUUGCUAAUUUUAAUGUUGAUACAAAAAAGUUUGAUAUAAAAAAACAAUUUAUUUUUAUGUCUCUAUUAAUUUUUUAAUAAUGUACGUAUAAAAUAUUAAUGCAUACAAGUUUAGAAAUAUUCUGAUAUAAUGAGUGAUUGAACAGUUGUGGCAUUCUCGAUAAUUUCAUAAUGAAAACUUCAAUAAAUGUAGCAAAACAAUCUUUAUUUGCGUAUAAGCUAAACAAUGAUAUAAUUAUAAUUUUUUAUUUUAAGUUUGUAUCUAUUCAAAUGUGUUGAUUUAGAUAUGGAUUUUUGUAUUAAAAGUUAAUAGUUAUUUAACACACACACACACACACACACAUUAAUAAACAAGUUUUAAAGUAAUGAAAUAAAUAUUUGUUAAUAGGAUACAGAACAAUGUGGACAAGUAAUGGCUGGUGGUGACAGUAUGCGCAUACAACCUGGUCAAACACAUCAAAUUGGUGUGAAUAGAACUCAAGAUGAUGCUAUGGUGGGUUAUGUAUUUCAACGUCCUACAGAAGCAGAGUUUAAUGCUCAGUCUUCGACUUUCCAAACGAAACAGGCACCACGUGCCUGGGCUCUUGCAGAUGAUGCUAUUAUUGAUAAUAAUCCAGAAAAAUGGAAAUAUCCCAUUACUAAACUGAGUGUACCACAACAGAAUCAACCGCAACAAUUGGGUCUGCAAACUAUGAACAAUGUUCACUUACCUUAUGAAAUCCAUCCAAUGCAACUUAAAUGUGCAAAGUGCGCGAGAGGAGAAAGGAGGUGAAGGAGGUGGCGGCGGCAGCAGUAGCGGUGGCGGUGGCGGUGGCGGUGGCGGAGGUGGCGGAGGAGGAGGAGGAGGAGGAAGAGGAGGACGACGAGGAAGAAGAGAGGAGCAUAGGUAGCAGUGGCAGCAUCGAGGCACCCGAGGUGUCGAACUGUUUGACAGACGGCCGAACGCUUUUCUUUCUCUCUCACACUCCCGUGGUGCCACGAUUUGUAUUGUCUAGCGGUGGUGUGGUGUGCCCUGUUUGCGAGAGGUUUGUCCGCGUUCACAAAAGAAAAACGAACGUGAAAACAACCGGGAGUGGUGUAUACUCAGUGCUGGCUGAAUCGGCGUCCGCGCCCCGACGCUGCCGUUUGAAGAACAAGUCACUGAUUUUUCAACAACGUAUCCUCAACAUUCAACGAAUCUUCUCCAAGAUAGCCUCGUCUAUCGGACAGUGCGUGCUAAAGAGUGUGUGUUCGAUUCUUCGUUUGCAUUAUUGGUGUACUACGAGGUUAACGGUGAAUCUCUCGAAGGUGACGCGCCGUGCCGAGGAUACCUUGGAGACGGUGGAGAGUUUCGGUGUAGGGUACGGCCAGGGAGCGGGUACGAGCACAGGCGACUGGAUGAAACCACCGGGGGAUCUUUUCCUUUACUGCGACAUGAAGGAUUUGGGGGCCGACAUGAUCGCUCCCUCGGCAAAAAAGCUUUGGGGCGUGGACGAGGGUGGCUCCAAGGACGAAGGGGGUGUAAAAGGCGGUGGGAUACUUCACCUGGGCGACCACCAGAUGUGGCGAGAUUCCACUUGGAGCACCUCAGAUCAUGCCGUUUCACAACCAAUUUCCAUGGGCACGGGCAGACGUGUGGGUGUCGGGACUGGAUAUCAUCAUCAAACGUCAGAAGUUGGGACGGUUCUUAGCCCCAGAAGCAGUGAAACGGGUGGUCUGGGGGUUAAAAUGGUGGAGUAUGUUCUUGGAUCGAGCCCUACGACGCCCAAAGAUUUGGAACCCAGGAUGGUGUCUCUGAGAUUGAACACCGAUGCAGAUAAGAAAGAAAAAGAGAAGGGCUCGGCAAGUCCUUUUGACAGUUCUAAGGACGACACAGGUCCGCAAAACAAUGGAUUAGCAUCUCAAAAUGGUCUUGAUGAUGAUAAAGGGUUUAACCGUACACCAGGGAGUCGCCAACCCUCGCCAGGCGAAGAAGAAUUUCAGAAGAACGCUGCAACGACUCUCGUGAGUGCCGGCGGUGGCGGAGUCGUGUUGCUAAAACCUGGCGUCGAUGUGGUUGGAAGCGAGGAACAUUUCAUGGCCGCGUUUGCACCGGCUCCGCCGCAUCAUCUACAACAUCAUCAAGCUCCGCCGACACAUCAUCUGCAACACCCACACUCGCACGCGGCGCAGCUCUUUGGUGCACAGGCUCCGCCACCCCCACAGGGUCCGCCACCUUCCCAGCAACAGCAACAGCAACAGGGACCUCCGCAGCCACAAGAUACCACCACUCACUUUGAUGUUCAG